AUGUCGAAUGACAAUAUAGAUGCAUAUCUAAAUAUAAUUAAUGAUACAUUAACAAACUUACAAGAAGAUUUUGAUUUUCUGUAUGAAGCUGCCAAUAAAAGACCAAAAGAACAAGAUGAAGAAAAAAUUAAAUUACUUGAAGAAAUUGCACAACUCAAAACACACAUUUUAACUUUAGAAACAAACGAAAAUAUGCCACUAGUUGUAAAUAAAAUUGAAAGUUUAGACGGUGAGUUACAAGCAAGAAUAGAGCAUCUUGAAAGUAAACUUCAAGAUGCGCAAUUUGAAACCUUAUUGUUGAAUUCUAAAGUUAAAUCUUUACAAAAUGAAAUAAUUGAUCUUAAAGGCGCAAUAAGAGUAUUUUUAAGGAUACGACAUACCGGAGAAUUAUCAAAUAUUGAAAUACAAAACAAUAAAAUUAGUAUUUUACAUCUCAAUAGGACACAUAAUUUUGAAUAUGAUAGGGUUUUUACACCAGAUGAUUCACAACAAGAAGUUUAUAAUGAAUUACUUAAUAUCAUUGAAAGUGCUUGUGAUGGUUAUAAAAUAUGCAUUUUUGUAUACGGUCAAACAGGUAGUGGAAAAACAUAUACAAUGAUUGGUACAGAAACACAACCAGGAAUAAUUUAUAAAACCCUGAAUACUUUAUUUAGUGUAAAGACCCAACUAGAAAAAGAUGUAAAUAAUAAUUUUAAAUUAGAAUAUUCUUGUAUAGAAAUUUAUAAUGAAGAAGUAAUUGACUUAAAUAUGAAAAACAAUCAUUUUUCUGGUAAAACUAUAAAUUUAACAUCUUUAGAAGAAGCUUACGAUUUAAUUACAAAAACACUGUCAACUAGACGAACCGAGAAAACAAAUUGUAAUUUACAAUCAAGUAGAAGCCAUUUGAUUUUUACUUUACACAUUGAAACCAAGGUUAAUAAUGAAACGCGUGUAGGUACAUUAUGCUUUAUUGAUCUUGCAGGUUCUGAAAGGAUAAACCAAUCACAGGUAGAAGGAAUGAGACUUAAAGAAACUGUAAAUAUUAAUAAAAGUCUAAGCUCGCUAGGAAAUGUUUUUAUGGCUAUUCUUAGAAAAGACUCUCAUAUUCCAUAUAGAAAUUCUAAAUUAACACAUCAAUUACAAGAAUAUUUUACAGGAAAAAGUCGUGUUGUUAUGAUUUUAAACAUAAAUAGUGGUGUUAAUCAGCGAAAUGAAACUAUCAGUACGUUAAGAUUUGGUGCAAAGGUCAGUGAAUGCAAAUUGGGACGUGUUGAAAAGAAUAUUACUAAAAAUUUAUAA